AUGUCUUCAGAAACAAAGCCAGUUAUUAUCGUCGGCGCAGGUCUAGCUGGCCUCGUCGCAGCCUUUGAGCUUGCAGAGCGUAAAAUCCCAGUUCUUCUCAUCGACCAAGAAAAUGAACAAAACCUCGGCGGCCAGGCCUUCUGGUCUCUUGGAGGUGUAUUUAUGGUCGAUUCCUCAUACCAAAGACGAAUGGGAAUCAAAGAUUCUCGUGAGUUGGCAAUGAGAGAUUGGUUUGGAUCCGCUAGGUUUGAUCGUGAAGAAGAGGACCAUUGGCCCAGGAAGUGGGCCAAGGCGUUCGUGGACUUUGCUACUGAUGAAAUGGAGGAUUAUGUUAAAGCGAGAGGACUAGGCUUUUUGUAUAAUGUUGGUUGGGCAGAAAGAGGAGAUGGGAGUGCCACUGGACAUGGAAAUUCUGUUCCUAGAUUCCAUGUUAGCUGGGGAACGGGGCCGGAAGUUGUUAGGGUCUUCGCUGAUCCUGUCAAAAAAGCUGCUGAGAAGGGCAUCGUGACGUUCAAGUUCAGACACGCCGUUGAUGAAUUGAUCGUCGAUGAUUCAGGCCGAGCUGUUGGAGUCAGAGGUCGCAUUCUGGAAGAUGAUGAUGCUGCCCGUGGUAUCAAAUCUUCACGCAUCGAGAAAGACAAGUUUGAAAUUUACGGCUCAGCAGUUGUCGUCUCUUCGGGUGGUAUUGGAGGAAACGUCGAAGCUGUCAAGGAAGCAUGGCCUGUCGACAGAUUGGGUCCUAAAGUGCCAGAGACUUUCGUUGUUGGUGUCCCAGCACAUGUUGACGGGCGCAUGAUCGGGAUUUCAGAGGCUGCUGGUGCUCACGUUAUCAACCGCGAUCGCAUGUGGCAUUACACUGAGGGUCUUCAGAACUGGAAUCCCAUCUGGCCUGGCCAUGGUAUCCGAGUCCUCCCGGCUCCUUCAUCUCUCUGGCUGGACGCAACUGGUAAACGACUACCACCUUUCCUUUACCCAGGAUCAGAUACCCUCGCAACACUCAAGUAUAUCUGCAGCACAGGCUACGACUACACCUGGUUCAUCCUCGAUCAAAGCAUCAUCGCUCGCGAGUUCGCCCUCUCAGGCUCAGAGCAGAAUCCUGAUGUCACAGGGAAGAGCAUCUGGAUGCUCCUGACCCGCGUCUUCGGCAAGAAGGGCACCGUUCCUGUUCAAAACUUCCAGAAGCACGGCAAAGACUUUGUCGUCCGCGAUAAUCUAGAAGACCUAGUCGCCGGAAUGAACGAGCUCGCCAAAGCCCGCAACGGUCCCCUGCUCGAAUUCGAUGCCAUCAAAGAGGUCGUCGAAGCAAGAGACAGCCAAAUGGACAACCCUUACUCCAAAGACGGCCAAGCAAUGCUCAUCAACAACGCACGAACAUACUGGCCCGACAGACGCAGCCGUGUUGCCCCACCUCAUCGCCUUCUCGACAAGGCUCAUGGACCUCUUAUCGCAGUGCAGAUGAAUCUUCUGACGCGAAAGACACUUGGUGGUAUUGAGACGAAUCUGGACAGCAAUGUUAUGAGGGCCGAUGGAACGCCGUUCCCUGGCUUGUAUGCUGCUGGCGAGGUUGCGGGCUUUGGAGGAGGUGGUGUCCACGGAUAUAGUUCGCUUGAAGGGACGUUUGUGGGAGGAUGCAUUUUCUCUGGACGAGCUGCUGGUAGGGCUCUUGUUCGUGAGAUUUUGGGUGAGGAUAGUUCUCAAGCUGACGGGAAGCCGAUCAAUUCUCGACUUUAG